AUGGAGACUCCCUUUUGUUCUUUUUCCUUUGUUAACGGUAUAAUACCUGCCAAUACACCUCAGGCUGUACGCACAGAUAAAGAAUAUGGCAUGCAACAGCAAGGCAAGCAGCAGCAGCAACAACAACAACAGCAGCAGCAGCAGCAGCCACUGCAUGCAGACAAGCAAGAGCCUACAGUAGUAGACCAAAGAGACUACUCUAUCGCUUCAACAGCAGCAACAGAAACAGCAGAGGAAGAAGCAGCAGCAGAAGCAGCAACAUCAGAAGCAGCAGAAGCGGAGGCAGCAGAAGCGGAAGCAGCAGCAGCAGAAACAGCAGCAGCACCAGCACCAGCACCAGAGACAGAAAAGGAGACAACAGGAGACAAAAAGAAGAAAGACCCUAAAUUAGAGGCAGCAUUAUUUGCUGCUGCUCUCCUGUCCCGUGCUGCACUACAAAUAAAAAAGUACCAAGAGGAGCAGCAGCAGCUAUUCAAGGCAGCAGAGGAAAGGAGACAGAGGCAGCAACUAUAUACAUGGGCUAAGGAGACCGGAGGAGAAAGGAGACACCUGCAGCAGCAGCAACAGCAGCAGCAGGAGACAGAUAGAGACAAAGAAGGAGACACGUCAGAUACAGGAAGCAGCAGAUGGAGUAAGAAAGAAAGGGACAAAUUGCAAAGCUGCUCGCCUGCUGCUGCUGCUGCUGUUGCUGCUGCUGCUGCUGCUGCUGCUGCAAAGCCACAAGACAAACAGAGACACGGAGUAAGGUUUAAGGAGACACCUGAAGAGGAAGAGGCAAACAAGCAGCAGCGGCUGCUGCAGCAGCAGCAGCAACAGCAGCAAAUGCCGCUAGAUAAACGGCUGCGGAUGCUGCAGCGCCAACACCUAAAAAAGCUGCAAGUGCAGCAGCUGCAGCAGCAGCGGGAACGCCGAGAGCAGCAGCAGAAGCUGCAGCAACUGCAGCAACUUAAGCAACAGCAGCAACAGCAGCAACUGCAGCAACUUAAGCAACAGCAGCAACUGCAGCAACAGCAGCAACUGCAGCAGGGGAAGAAAGUAAGUCGUACCCGUCUGCGGUCUGUUAGCAGCUCUCCUUGUGUCUCCAACAGCAACGACAGCAACAACAGAAGCAACAGCAGCAGCAGCAACAGCAGCAACAGCAACAGCAGCAGCAGCAACAGCAUGGGGGUGACGCUGCAUAGCUUACGGCUAAAGGCAGCUGCGUUAUAUAGAGACGAAGUUCGUCGGGGUUUGCUGUCAGCAGCAGCAGCAGCAGCAGCAAAGAGACAAAUAGAGAGACAAUUGGCUGGCCAUAUUGCCUUGUACUGCGGAGCGCUGAGGUGUGGUGUUAUGCUCCAGCCCCAGGUUAUGCGCCUCGGAGUCCUUGCCCAAGAGUAG